GCGAUGCCGGCGGGCUCCGAGGGCGAGGACGGCCCGGCCGGGGAGCAGCCCGGCCCCGGCGGCCCCAAGCUCUGCGGGUACCUGCAGAAGCUGUCGGGGAAAGGGCCCCUGCGCGGCUUCCGCACCCGCUGGUUCGUGUUCGACCCGCGCCGCUGUUACCUCUACUACUUCAAGGGGCCGCAGGAGCCGCUGCCGCUCGGGCACAUCGACAUCGCCUCCGCCUCGUUCAGCUACCACCAGCCCGAGGCGGCCGCGGCCGCGCCGGGGGACGAGCCCGCCGCCUUCGAGGUGCACGGGCCCGGCGGGGCCGUCGCCGUGCUCAAGGCUGCGACUCGUCAGGACAUGACCUACUGGCUGCAGGAGCUGCAGCAGAAGAGGUGGGAGUACUGCAACAACCUGGACGCUGCCAAGAGGGACAGCAGGACCUCCCCCACGCCCAGCGACUUCUCCAGAGGGCUCGUGGCCAAAGACAAUCCCGAUUUGAGUAUCCUGAGUCAAAAUGCUUCAGCAGAGAGAGCUAGGAAUAUUCUAGCUGUGGAGACCUCUCCCACAGACCUGGUGGGGGAACAGGCAGCUUCCCAGCCCGCACCAGGCCAAGCCAGUGCCAUCAAUUUCUCCCUCAAACAAUGGAGCACUGAACUCAAAAAUUCCAUGUCCUCCCUGAGGAAAGGAAACAACGAGAACCGCAAGAGCGUGUUCUACACCAGCGAGGAGUGGGAGCUGCUGGAUCCAACCCCCAAAGACCUGGAGGACUCCAUGGCUCUGGAAGAAAAGAGGAAACACCUGGCAGAAGGAAGCAAAGGACUGACUAGUUCAGCUUUUCCGUUUGAUUUGGGCCGCAUCCCGCACAAAGCGAGGCGCCCCUUGCUGAAGGACGUGAUGGGGUCGAGCAAGAGCCGCGCCGGCAGCGACUCCUCCCCCACGGAGUGGGGUUCUGGCAACGGCAGCAAACUGGUCUCGGAGCUGCAGCUCAAGUAUCAAAGCCAGCAGGAAGAGCUGGAGAAGCUGAAGAAAGAUCUUCUGAGCCAAAAGGAACUCGUCCGGCUCCUGCAGCAAACAGUCCGCUCCUCCCAGUACGACAAAUACUUCGCCAGCCGCCUCUGCGAGGGGGUUCCCAAAGACAAACUGGAGCUGUUGCACCAAAAAGACGACCAGAUUUUGGGUCUCAACAAUCAGCUGGAGAAGUUAAAUCUGGAAAAGGACAGCCUCCAGCAGGAAGUGAAGAACCUGAAAUGCAAAGUCGGAGAGCUCAAUGAGCAGCUGGGUAUGUUGAUGGAAACUAUUCAAGCUAAAGAUGAGGUGAUCAUGAAACUCUCCCGGCAGCUCAGUGAGUGUGAGGACAGUUCAUCCUCUCCGAGUGGAGCAGUAAAUUCUCCCACGGCCACCUGUGCUAAUAAGGACCUACAGGAGCUGGACAGACUGAAAGACAAUCUUCAGGGUUAUAAGACCCAGAAUAAAUUCUUAAAUAAGGAGAUUUUGGAACUUUCUGCUCUACGAAGAAACGCAGAAGCGAGAGAGAGAGAAUGGCAGGCAAAGUACACCAGCUUGGAAGCCAAACUCUGCCAGAUUGAAAGCAAAUACUUGAUCUUGCUUCAAGAAAUGAAAACUCCCGUGUGCUCUGAGGAGCAGAGUCCUGCUCGGGAGGUCAUCACACAGCUACUGGAAGAUGCCUUGAAGGCAGAAACCAGUGAACAGCCAGAGCAGGCCUUUUUCAAACCACACCUGGUCAGUGAAUAUGACAUAUAUGGGUUUCAGACAGUCCCGGAGGACGAUGAGGAGGAGAAACUCGUAGCGAAAUCACGAGCUUUGGACCUGAGGUCGCUUUCCCUCAGUGAAAAUCGUGAGAUCUCAGCUGGAGUCAAGUGGGAGAACUACCUUGCCAGCACCAUGAACAGGGAGAUGAUGCGCUGCGUGGAGCUGAAGAACCUCAUCCGCUCGGGAAUCCCGCACGAGCACCGCUCCAAGAUAUGGAAGUGGUGCGUCAACCUGCACGUCAAGAAGUUCAAGGACAGCACGGUGCCUGGCUACUUCCAAACCUUGCUCCAAAACGCUCUGGAGAAACAAAACCCCGCGUCCAAACAGAUCGAGUUGGAUCUCUUGAGGACUUUGCCCAACAACAAACAUUAUUCCUCCCCGACAUCCGAAGGGAUCCAGAAGCUGCGGAAUGUGCUGCUGGCGUUUUCCUGGAGAAAUCCUGACAUAGGGUAUUGCCAAGGGCUCAACAGGUUGGUAGCGAUUGCACUUCUGUACUUGGAGCAGGAGGAUGCUUUCUGGUGUCUGGUGACGAUAGUGGAAGUUUUCAUGCCUCGUGAUUAUUACACCAAGACCCUGCUGGGAUCCCAGGUUGAUCAGAGGGUGUUCAAGGACCUGAUGAGCGAGAAGCUCCCCCGGCUCCACGCUCACUUCGAGCAGUACAAAGUGGAUUACACCCUCAUCACCUUCAACUGGUUCCUGGUGGUGUUCGUGGACAGCGUGGUCAGCGACAUCCUCUUCAAAAUCUGGGACUCCUUCCUGUAUGAGGGACCAAAGGUAAUAUUCCGAUUUGCCCUGGCACUUUUUAAAUACCAAGAGGAGGAGAUCUUGAAGCUGCAGGAUUCCAUGUCCAUCUUCAAGUACCUUCGCUACUUCACGCGCAACAUCCUCGAUGCCAGGAAGCUGACUGCCAUCGCCUUUGGAGACCUGAAUCCCUUCCCCUUACGGCAGAUCAGGAACAGGAGGACCUACCACCUGGAGAAAGUGCGUCUGGAGCUCACGGAGCUCGAGGCCAUCCGCGAGGAUUUCCUGCGGGAGCGGGAGACGUGCGUGGAGAAAAGGGACCUCAUCAGUGACGAUGAGGAGGACAGCUGAGACUGCCAGCAGACACUGCCCCUUGGCAGCGAGACCAAAGGGAGUGAACCUCCAAAACACUUUAUUUCCCCCUGCCAAACAGAAUGUAAACGAGUUUGCUUUUGGAAAUAUGCAGGACAGAUUUCCAAGCCCCAGCACUUUCAGCAGCAGCGCUUUGUGUGAGGCCAAACACUUCUGUUUACAUGGAUGUUCAUGGAGUCCUUUGUAGAGCACUUAAUACCUGUCUCAGUUCAGGCAAUCAGCUGGACUGGCAGUCCUUUUCCCCCAGUGCACCCUCAAUGUCUGGAUGUGAAAGCAGAGUGAGAGAAGUCCCUGCUGUGUUCACUGCCCUCCUUGCCAUUCUGUGUGGGUUUGGUGUGAUCCUGGUUUUUGUGGUGCAGGUUGUCCCUGCUGUGUUCACUGCCCUCCUUGCCAUUCUGUGGGGGUUUGGUGUGAUCCUGUUUCUUGUAGUACAGGCUCAGUGUGAGAGGGCACCGCGUUUCUUGGUCUCAGGUUGGUUCAGUGUAGCUAUUCCUGAGGUCCUUAACUAGAAAGGUAUGGAGUGAAGCACAGGAAGAGCUUUUACAUUGCUUUGUCUUUUCCUGAAGUGACCUGAAAUGGAUCUCCAAACAGAACACUUGAAUAUUUGUUCCCUGAAGUAAAGCUGAAACAAGUACCUGUUUGCCACUGAAUGUUCAGCGUGUGCUGAAACACUGAUAUCAAACAUCACUUAUGCUUUUCAGGGCAGCUGUGUUGAUAAAGAGUCUCAUUAAUGCCAAGAGGUCUACAGAUCAAAUUCUCUUUAGUGCAUUUUCUGUCUAUUCACUUUUUUGAUUGCAGUGUUUCAAAAAAAGGUCACAACCAAACUUCAGGUAUUGUGGAAGAAUGGAGCUUGUCACAGGAGUACCCUGCUUUAGUAGGCAAUUAUUUGUGUAUCUAUUGAAGGUUCUUUGGUUAUGGUUUGUUUUGACUUUUUUCUUUUAAUACUUCUUCCUAUUUAGGACUUAAGUCUUUCUCUCUAAGAAGACACGUGGUGUUCUUUUUGCAGGAAUGCAGACCUGUUGUACAACAAUAGCUGGGAUCAAUCAGUCAGAGGAGCCGAAAGGUCGUGAAUUGAAGAUCCUUUUCCCCCAGAGAAAUGCAAUAUUCUCUGCUGUGCUCAGCUUUGCUGGGGGUGCUGGGUGCACAUUCCAAGGCAGCUGGAAGGAGACACCUGGGGGUUGAGCUGGAGUGUCUCUGCUGGGACUGGAGGCUGCUCUUUCUCAUUUCAUGACUAGAAGUUCUGAGGAUGAGGAGGGUUUCCUUCUUUGCUGGAUACUCUCUGGACCUGGCAGUGUUUUUUCUUGAACUGUUGGAUCUUCAGGCUGUUGGAUUGACUUAAAAGUUGUCAUGGUAAAUCCAGGAUUCAAGUACUAGGCAGCAAAUCACUGAGCUCUGGGGAAAGUGCUCAAUUGGCACAAAACCAAACCCAGGAAUUGGGAAGAGUCAGGUGCAUCCAGCUUUUAUCUCUUGUGUUUUGUUUUUCUGAGAUGUAGCUUGUGCUUUAUUGGGUAUAAUCAUGUAAUCAUUUAUACACUUAGGUGUGUGCAGAGAGAAAUCCUGCUUUUGUUUCACAGCACUUUUUUUAAUUUUCUUUUAUUUUAGAGGAUUUAGUUGUAGCCUUCUCCAAGUAAGCAUAUUAUAAGUUAGUUUAUCUGGAAGGGAACUAUUUAAUCAGAGGUGAAGUUGUAACUUAGAGGACCACUUUUGAUAUAAAAUAUGCUUCCUAUAUGACACAGUUUUUACUUAGCCAGCAAAUCGUUGCCAAUGAGGGACCCAUGGUGUGAUCAUCUUGAUUUGUAUGUUCUUUGUCUUCUAAACUGUCCCCUGCCUUGUCUAUUGUAAGUAGUAGUUUUGGGGUUUUUUAAAUUCCCUAGUUACUCUUGGUUGUGUACUGGUGUUUGUUAGGCAGGGCUUUGAUAUUAUUGCAUGUACUGUAUUCUUUUUCUACUUACAAUCAGUAUUUGAAUACAAAAACGGGACCAGGUUUUUUAAUUUUCUAGUUAUGCUGUCUUGGUUUUUGAAAGAGCUGGUCUCUCAAUCCAUCUGUCAUGUUGGCUUUUUUCUUGUUUGUUUUGCUUUAAUGUUCUCAAGUGUUUAAGUUGUAGGUUUGGUUUUUUUUCUAAGCUGAAGAUCUUUCUUUCAGUGGCCACUAUUGAGAUACUGAGGUGAAGAACUCAAAGUAUGCACCUACCCUAUUCCUACAAUCUGUUAUUCCUUGGGUUUGAGUCUUCCCUGUGAACUAGGAGAUGUUUCCAGGCUGAUCCCAUGGAAGCCUUUAGGUUGUGAAGGUAAAACUGGCCAUGGGGCAACUGUUCAGGAAGUUCUCAGCUGAGAAAACAGGACCUGCAGCGUUACAGGACCACUUUUGUUCCAGGUGUGCUGGUGGUUAAACUGUGUGUGCCUGUGUCGUGUGGCUCAUUGUACAGGUUGUUACCCCAUUGUACAGUAAAAAUAAGCAGCUCUGUUCCUUCUGCCAGGCUGUGACUCCAGUCCAUGAAUGUAGGAACCCUGUGCAAGUCACGUUUUCUCUGGGUGCUCUGUCAGCUUGCAAAGAUUAAAUGAGUUGACACCGUUGUGCUCAAGUUCCCAACAAGCUCUUGGCUUCAUUUUACGCCUUGUUGCUGAUUCAGUGAUGAGUUAGAAGGUCAGAAAGUUGCAGAGGCAUCUGAGCUCUGACCACCAGAAGUCCCCAGGGAGCAGAAAUGAGAUGCAGGUAGCAGGAAGCACCUCAGGGGCAGCUUGCCCUGCUUGCUGUUGCAGAUGUGGUGGGGUGACCUGGUUUUCCAGUGGUGCCUGAGGUGGUAACUGGAGAGCAGCACCAAGGAGGCACUACCAAGCCAAAACACAGGGUGGCUCAGGGCCCUGCAGGAGCUGAACUGCAGAGAUUCCCAGGGUGUAUCAGUGGGAGCUUGGGAAGUGGUGCGUGAGGGUUGAACGCUCCUGCCAGCCAGCUGGGAGGAGACUGGGCUGUUAAUGCAAAUAAAGGCAGCCCAGAUGACUUUUUAACUUCAGGGUGAUGCACAUAACGUGCCAAGAGUUCCUUGUGCAUGGUUCCCACCAUGUGUGAUGUAAACCAAACCACUAAGUUGCAUCUUGCAGGAAGGAUGCUCUUCCAUCUCCAUCAUGUGUGCACGGCUUCCCAGUGAACCUUUGGGUUUUACCUGUUUAAAAUGUUGUAUUUCCUUCUGGUAAACAGGCCAAAACUUGGGGCACUACACCUCUAGUUACUGGAACUGCACAGUAUUUCAGCUCUACCUGCCCGUGUGUACAGGUGGGGUUAUCAUCCAGUGUUAUCACAUUGUUUGGUGGUGUUCUUUUUGCCAGCUGUGGAAUCAAUAAAAAGUAUUUUUUUUUGUUGCCCUUUAGGUGUCUUCUGUGAGAGGUUCUCCCCUUCCCUGUAGUUUUUGUAGCCAUGGUAAGAUAUUUCAGCAGAAAGGGAAAGAUUUAUUUUUUUCUGUUUCUGAAGACAUCAGGAAUGACUGAAUGGCCUCAAAUUUGCCAGAGUUGUGUGUUUAACUCAUGUUUAACUGAGAAAUGGAAAAUGGAUUAAUUUAAUGAAACUGUGUAGCAGUUUGUGACUGUUCCCUUAAGUGCCACGUCAGAAAUCAGCAAUAUGCGGUACAAGACAUGAAUCACAAACCAGAAGUGAUUUAUCUUCAUAAAGAUCAAUGUAAAGAAAAAAAUAAAAUUGUUUACUACUUUAUAGCAAACCAGUAGCAGA